UUCACUGCGUAAUGGUGGAAUAAUCCGUACAACAACACAAACUGAGUAAAUUCAUCAAUAUGUCGGCUUUUGAAAAGGUCAAGGGCAACUGGUUUCUGUUAGCUAUAGUUUUCGUUAUAUCUUUGGCAGAUAUAGCACCCUACAUUGGUGCCAAAGGGGGACCGAUCAAACCAGAGAUUACGGUGAAGUACUUAGCGGUUUCUUUUAUCUUCUUCAACAGUGGAUUGUCUUUGAAAACAGAAGAUCUACGCACUGCACUGUUCAAUGUCAAGCUGCACUUCUUUAUUCAGUUCUUUACCCUUGCUGUUGUGCCAUGUCUUGUGUGGGUCUUGGUUCACUUCCUCCUCAUGACACCAGUAGAUGAAUGGCUGCUUAAAGGGUUACAAGUAGUUGGUUGUAUGCCGCCACCUGUGUCUUCUGCUGUUAUACUAACAAAAGCUGUUGGAGGAAAUGAGGCUGGUGCAAUAUUCAACUCAGCCUUUGGAAGUUUUCUGGGUAUUGUUGUCACCCCAGUGUUGCUGCUUGUAUUUAUGGGUUCUUCAAGUUCAGUGCCUUUCUCGUCAAUCUUCACCCAGCUCUCCUUAACAGUGGUUGUGCCUCUCGUCCUUGGACAGGUUGUGCGACUAUUUAUCAAGGGAUGGUUGGAGAGAACCAAGCCUCCAUUUGGGACCUUGGGUAAAGCAGUUCUUCUCCUUAUCAUCUACUCUACAUUCUGCGAUACAUUCUCAAACACUGCUCUACAUAUUGAUCACUAUAGUUUAUGUGCAAUGAUUUUCAUAGUGUUUGUUCUUCAAGUGUGCCUUAUAUCAUUCACCUUCUUCAUCUCACAAGUGCAAUAUUUUGGGUUUACUCCAAGCGACACUGUAGCAAUUAUGUUCUGCUCCACGCAUAAAUCACUCACACUAGGAAUCCCAAUGCUGAAGAUAGUGUUUGCAGGUUAUGAGCAUCUAUCCUUGAUCUCCAUUCCUCUUCUGGUAUAUCAUCCCACUCAGAUUCUCCUUGGAGGAGUGUUAGUUAACAGAGUCAAGCAAUGGAUGGUUGCAGCUGAUAAACAAAGAUUGGCAAAAAAGAAUGAAGAAGAACCCAGCACUGAGUGCAAAGAAGACGGCAAGUCAUCACCUGAUGUUUGAAAUAAAAACUCUAUAUUUUUGUAUACUGUAUCUACUUAUAUAAAAAAGUAUUUUGGGUUGAACAAAAAAAAGUUGACUAGGGCAGGACUUAAACUGCACCCGUAGGAUGAAGGCCUACUCACACUGCAGCGAUAACAAAAACGAUAACAAUCAUGACGCAAAGAGAACACAUUCUAUUGGUUGAAUUGCUCC